CAAAAAAAAAAUAGGACUGUUCGCGCUGUUUGACAUUUACGGGGUUUUUACGAUAUUUUCCUCGUUUUGUCGACUUAAAUAACAAUUUUGCAUUGCAAUCAAGUGUUCAAUUAUUUCGCGAAACCAACAGACAGUGAACCACCGCGAAAGUGCAAAAACUGAAGGAAAAAAAAAUAUUUUCCUGCCAUUAUACACUCCUGGAUGUGAAGGUUAUAUUCCCAUCAACAAAUAUCAAUUUCCUACUGGAAUUAAAAAAAUAAAGGAUUACCGGAAGCCCCUGAAUUCCGGGUGCAAAAGGAGAAAAAUCUGGAAUUAAUUAAAAAUUCGAUUCAUAAUAAAUAAAUAAACAAUGGCGCACUACAAAGGGGCAGCCAGCGAGGCUGGAAGAGCAAUGCAGCUGAUGAAGAAGCGAGAAAUUGCCCAACAGGAAAUAGAACUCCGUAAAAAGAAAAUAGAGGAUGACUUGAAAAUUCACAACAUCGAGAAUAAAUUUGCCACUCAUUACAAUGCAGUGGAGCAGCAAUUGAAAACCUCGACGAUAGGUCUGGUGACCCUGAAUGAGAUGAAAGCCAAACAGGAGAAUAUUGUCAAAGAACGAGAGCGAAAAUUAGCGCAAAAGGAGAAAGAGAAGGAGCAGGAGAAGGAAAGAGCACUUGCAGCCAAACAGGCAGAGAAAAAUAAACAGAAGAAGCAAAUUCAGGCACUGUCUUUCAAUCUAGAAGAUGAAGAGAUCACUGGGGAUGAUUCUGAGGAUGAGAGAGUCCCAGCUGUCAAGAAAAUCAAGAAAAAUCCACACGUGGACACGAGUUUCCUGAGGGACAGGGAGAGAGAGGAGGAGGAAAACAAAUUGAGAGAGGAGUUGAGGCAGGAAUGGGCUAUGAAGCAGAAUGCACUCAAGGAGGAGGAAAUCGAGAUCACUUUCAGCUACUGGGAUGGCUCUGGACACAGGAGAAGUGUCACCAUGAAGAAAGGUAACUCGAUCUAUCAGCUUCUCCAACGGUGUCUGGAGGUUCUCAGACGAGAGUUCAGUGAACUCAAGACAGUCAUGGCUGAUCAACUGAUGUACGUCAAGGAGGACUUGAUUCUGCCUCAUCACUACACGUUCUACGACUUCAUCGUUACGAAAGCGAGGGGCAAGAGUGGCCCUCUCUUCACUUUUGACGUUCACGAUGAUAUCAGGAUGGUGCACGACGCCUCGGUGGAGACAGAGGAGUCCCAUGCUGGUAAAGUCUUGUUGAGGUCUUGGUACGAAAGGAAUAAACAUAUUUUCCCAGCUAGCCGAUGGGAACCCUUUGAUCCCACCAAGAGCUACGACAAAUACACGAUCUCCGACAAAAAGAAAAAAGACAAGAAUUUGUAGUCUUAUAAUUUUUCUAUUCAAUGGAUUCGUCUUUGUAAUGUUUGUUCAAUAUAUUUUGCAUGUCCUCGUUGAUGAAA